GAAGCACCCUGCCCGGGCGCCCCUGGUGCCCCUCGGAGCGACCGCGCUGAGCGGCGGGAGCGCAGGAAGAGCAGGGGAGUCGUAGACCCGAGGGCGGAAAAGCCUGCUGGCUGGGGCCCGUGCGCGAGCGAGACGGGGGUCCUCUGUGGGAGUAUGCGUGUGCGCUGGGCCGAGGGUGGGGUGUUCCGCGCGUGUGCGCGUGCGUGGGUGUGCGUGAGCCCACGAGGGGUCCACGCCUUCGGGAGGGCAGGCAUGUGGCCGGCAGUGAGCAGAAGCGCGCUUGCCGCGCUGGAUGGUGGUGGUGUGUGAGUGCGUGGUGGCGAGUGGCCUGAAGGGAGUCGCUUGAGUGUGAGUAUCGGGUAAGAAUGUGUCUGAAUGCGCUGCGAUGUGACAUUCUUCUGGAAGCUGCAGCCCUCAGUGGACAGUGGCUUCUUUGGGGAGCCAGAUGCCUUCCCUAUGUUUUCGACCAACAAUCGAGUGAAGAGGAGGCCCUCCCCUUAUGAGAUGGAGAUUACUGAUGGUCCUCACACCAAAGUCGUGCGACGCAUCUUUACCAACAGCCGAGAACGGUGGCGGCAGCAGAAUGUGAACGGGGCCUUUGCUGAACUUCGCAAGCUGAUCCCCACUCAUCCCCCAGACAAGAAGCUCAGCAAGAAUGAGAUCCUCCGCUUGGCCAUGAAGUACAUCAACUUCCUGGCCAAGCUGCUCAAUGACCAGGAGGAGGAGGGUACCCAACGGGCCAAGUCUGGCAAGGACCCUGUGGUGGGGGCUGGUGGAGGAGGCAGUGGGGGCGGGGGCAGUGCGCCUCCAGAUGACCUCCUGCAGGACGUGCUGUCCCCCAAUUCCAGCUGCGGCAGUUCGCUGGACGGGGCCGCCAGCCCGGACAGCUACACGGAAGAGCCGGCACUCAAGCACACGGCCCGCAGCCUCCAUCCUGCCAUGCUGCCGGCCGCCGACGGAGCAGGUCCUCGGUGAUGAGGCCGGGGCGUCUCAGGGCCAGCGAGGAGGGCAACCUCAGGCCGCUGGGACCGUGGGCUUCAGGGCAGGUGGGGUGAGGAUUGGGCUGCUCUGAAGCAGGGCAGUGGACUUGAUGAGCUUUCCUUGGCAUCUGAACUUUGGGAAGUCCUAAGUGCCCUCUGCCUGGGGCUGGCUUUCCGGUUUCCUGACUCAGUGGUAGAACAGAAAAAUGGAGCAAAGUGGUAGGUACUUUUUGUGAAGACGGCACGGUCUUCCCCUCCCCCAAAUCCCUAAGUCUUCUUAAGUAAAGAGCUCAACUGGCACUGCUUUUGGCCUGGAGCUUGGGGCCCCUGUCUUUGCCGAGACUUGGGGUUGUUGGCUCUCACCUAGGCACCCAGCAUCCUCUGCCUUGCCUUCGGCCCCUCCCAAGCUGGCUGGAGUGGCUUGUGUGGCCAUUCAGUCCAAAUACGUAGGUACCCGGUAGCUGCCCAUUUCUGGGUGAGCCCUGUCUUCACCCAGGCCCAGGUUGGUCCACCCAGCUUGCCAGUGGCUGCAGAGAGUCACAAGCCUUGAGAUGCCUUCUUCAGGGCCUGGUUGAAGAAGAUGGCCAGUGGACAGCCUGCUCCUGACUAACUGGGCCAGAGGGUCAGAAAACCCAAUAGCCCAUACUCUUGCCCCGGGGAAUCAAAGCUCUGCUUUCUCCCCACGGAGACUUGCCUUCCUAAUCCUUGUGGCUGUGGGGACCAAGUCUGUAGCUGGGAGCAUGGCCAGUUGGGCCUCACAUGAAUGCAGAGAGAGGAAAAGUGGUUAGAGUGAAAUUGAGCAAGAGCUAUGUGGAGCUAUGGGUUUAAAUUCUGGUGGCAUCUCAGAGCUUCCUGCCUGUAGUCUCAGCUCCCCAUCACUGUGUACAGUGAGCAAGUGCCAGUGUGCCGAUGGGCAUGUGUUUGUGCUGAGAGUGAUGCACAGGCCCAUCUGUGUGUCCUCGCAGAUGCUCAGGGGGAUCUUUUUGCACCAGGUCUACUUGCUGAUGGUCUAGUCUGUGUUCUGAACUCAGUUGGACACAAAGCCUGUCCUACGAAUUUCUGCCAUUUGGGAUUUUUGCUUGACUUCAGUUAUGGGUGGGAUCUUGAGAUCUGGAUAGGACCCAGGCUCCAGCCCCCUUCAGGGGCAUGGGACAUUCAGAGACCAGGCCCUGGCUGAGACCUGGACAUAUGCACAAUCACAGCAGCAUCUUCAACACUCCCCGAUCAUACAGCUUUCGAUCACCUCGGGUGUGUACGGGAGGCUGGCUUACUGCAAUAUGCGUGCCCCCCUCCAAAAGUUGUACAUGAAAGUUUUGUAAAUCAAACCCUUAUCUUUCAUCUUUUAAGAAUUACUACUGCAAGUCCUUUUGUAAAGUGAAGAAUUUUUUUGUAGAGUGGACCAUUUCCCCUUGUUGACCUCUUGUGUCAGUCCAGAUGGUGGGACAUGGUUUUCUUAAGGCCAGGCCUGCCUGUGACAUGCAUUCGAAGCCCAGGGAACAAACUCCACACAAGUCCUAUAUACCUGUCAUUGUACCCGCAAGUUACCACAGCCAUCUCCCACCAGGCUCUGCCUUUGGGGUUAGAGGGAAAACAAUCCCUCGUGGUGAAGGACCUUGAGCACAGCUGAAUGCAGAUGGCAUGAUCCCUGUUCCCUUCCCUCCCUCUUAAGUUGUGGGGUCCAGUUUGUGAGUUUCAUACCUCCAGCAUCAUAUUUUGAGGAACAUCAGGAUUGGUUUCUUUCCGAUAGUAGAAGCCCCUGUGAGGAACCCCAUCUGUAUAAAGAUUGAACACCUGUCCUCCUAAGGCUGUAUUGGCUUCCUGGGGGAUUAAUUUGACUUGGGAGUGAAAAGUGGCCACAGUAAGGAUGAGUGGAGAGGAUUUAGGAGAUAAUCACACAUUCUAUCAGGAACUCAAGCUUCUGGCUUCCUCUUCUCUCAGGCAUGGAAGUUACCUCUCUCAAUGUCAGUAUCUCAUAAAUACUCUGGCUUGGCCAGUCUCCUAGGGCUCUGGUGUAGACCAAGUGGAAUCAUGAAAGUAGAAGCAUUUUGAGACCGGAAAGAACUCUUUGCCCUCCAUAUCACCCCUGCAGUGGGGUUCCUCACCCUGAGUCCAGGGCCUGAGCAGUGGGCCAGCCUGCCUGACUACAUAGCAUUUGCAUAGUGUAGGUUCCAGUCCACUUUUGCCUGACUUAUCCUGAUUGUCCUCGUUUCUUCCGAUUGACCUCAUUUGUGUCUCCUUCCAUGGGAAGGCACAGGAGUAAGAAUGGACAAAGAUCUGGGCAGAGCAUGUAAAACAUAAUUCAGCAUUCCCAAACAGGAAUGGCAAAGCUUCAUGUCUUUGCAGGACCUACAGAAGAUCCAAAAUCUUUAUUUUCCUGUCCAACCACCCCCCUCCCCCACCCAGCAUACCCUUCUUCUUCCUUGGCCUCCUCACCUGUGAAGAAAUGGCAACAUUCCAAGAAUCAUAUCUCUGCAAAGGGAAAAAAAAAAGUGUGGAGAACACAGAUGAUUGUAAUGACCAGAGGGAUUCCCAUCUUUUCAGGAAAAUUCACAUGCUUUUAUGGGUGGUGGCAAAUGACAAGAUGGUACAACCUUUAUCCUAUUCCGAAAACAGAACAAAGGGCACAGCGUCUGUAGUCAGCCGAUACCUAUCUCGGCCUUUGGGGGUGGUCUGGUCUCGUACUCGUGAUUCCGAUGGUACGCGGCCCCCACUGAAGGCUUGCCCCCUGCCCCUGUACAUAGUGCAUUGUCCCUGUGGGCGGGCCCAGCACUUUCCGUCAAUGUUGUACUGUACGUGAUGAGUUGCGUUGGUCUCUGCAGUUUUCUGCAGAAGGGGAGUAACCGCUCCGGGUACCUUGACCUUUGUACAGCCCGGAGGCCAACACUGUGGGCGUGACUCUUUAGCGACAAAACCCUUGUGGUGAUGAUGUGUGUAUAUAUAUAAGGAUAUAUUGGGAAGAUUUCUAAAUAAAAGUUUUACAAAGGGGCCUGUA